AUGCUGGCCAUGUUUACUCUCCGUUCCUGCUCUACCCUAUGGGCUUCAUGGACUGUAUCUCGGGUUCAACUCCUGCGCUCUCUCUCCGGCAUGUCUGUGGCUCAGAUUGAUGAAGAAGUCGCAAAACUCCUGCAGCUGAAAGCGAAAUUAGGAGGAGAUGAUGGCAAACAUCAGUUUGUACUUAAGACACCAAAGGGAACACGAGAUUACAAUCCCAAACAGAUGGCCAUCAGGGAGAAGGUCUUUAACACCAUCGUCCACUGUUUCAAGCGCCAUGGAGCUGAGACCAUUGACACACCUGUUUUUGAACUGAAGGAAACAUUAACUGGAAAAUAUGGAGAAGAUUCAAAGCUGAUCUAUGACCUAAAAGACCAGGGAGGAGAACUGCUGUCCCUCAGAUAUGAUCUCACUGUACCUUUUGCUCGUUAUUUAGCCAUGAACAAAAUAACUAACAUUAAACGUUAUCACAUAGCAAAAGUCUAUCGUCGGGACAACCCCGCCAUGACCCGUGGGCGCUACAGGGAGUUUUACCAGUGUGAUUUUGACAUAGCGGGGCAGUAUGACGCUAUGAUUCCAGAUGCUGAAUGCCUUAAAAUUGUCUAUGAAAUUCUUAGUGAACUCGGCCUUGGCGACUUUCGUAUUAAGGUGAAUGACAGACGGAUCCUGGACGGGAUGUUUGCAGUAUGUGGUGUGCCAGAUGAUAAAUUUCGCACAAUCUGUUCGACGGUGGACAAACUGGACAAGAUGCCUUGGGACGAUGUGAAAAAGGAGAUGGUGAAUGAAAAGGGCUUGUCUGAAGAGGCUGCGGACCAGAUUGGGGCUUAUGUCAGUAUGCAGGGAGGGAUGGACCUUGCAGAGAGACUUCUUCAGGAUCCCAAAAUGUCCCAGAGCAAGCAGGCCUGUGCUGGUCUGACCGACAUAAAGCUACUCUUCAGUUAUCUUCAGCUAUUCCAGAUCACCGACAAAGUUGUGUUUGACCUGAGUCUGGCCAGAGGCUUGGACUAUUACACAGGGAUCAUUUAUGAAGCAUUACUGACACAGGCAGGAGUGGCCCCAGUGGUAGAGGCCCAGAACGGGGCCCCGGGGUCCACAGAGGAGAGUGUGAGCGUGGGCAGUGUGGCUGGAGGAGGGCGGUAUGACGGACUGGUCGGCAUGUUUGACCCGAAGGGAAGGAAAGUGCCGUGUGUGGGCGUCAGCAUCGGCAUAGAGAGGAUCUUCUCCAUCAUGGAACAGAAAGCUGAGGCCUGUGCAGAGAAGGUUCGUACCACAGAGGUGCAGAUCAUGGUGGCAUCUGCACAGAAGAACCUGCUGGAGGAAAGACUCAAACUUGUCACUGAGCUCUGGAAUGCAGGCAUUAAGGCAGAGGUGAUGUACAAGAAGAAUCCCAAGCUGCUGAGUCAGCUGCAGCACUGUGAGGAGUCUGGCAUCCCCCUAGUGGCCAUACUGGGAGAACAGGAGCUCAAGGACGGAGUGGUCAAACUCCGAGUCGUUGCCAACAGAGAAGAGGUGGACAUCUCCAGAGGUGACCUCGUGGAAGAAGUUAGAAGAAGGACCUCAUAA